UUUCAAGCAUGCUUCAAGACUGAAAUUAAUUUUCUUUGAGUAAUCAUCAAAAAGUCAUUUUAAAUCAAUUGUCAAUCAAGAAUCAGAAAUGAGAAGCUUUGAUCCUGCGAAAUUAAACAUGAAUUAUUUCUUCGACGAGAUUUUAAUUGAAAUAUUUGGAAAUUUAAGUCUACAGAUGCUUAAGAAUUGUCGAUUGGUCUGCAAAAGAUGGGAUCAGCUAAUCAUCAAUAAUAAACAUUUAUUGAAAAAUCUUCAAGUGGUGUUAAGAACAUCUAAGGAUAUUAAGAAGUUUUCAGAAAUCAGAAGGAUGCCGAAAGAUGUUAUCAUACUGGAUGAUCAAGGAUUUAGUAUGAAUGUUUUUGAUCAUCUUCAUAAUUUACAUUCUUUGAUAAUUGACUUGCGUCCGUGUCAAGCAUACUUAGAACCAUCUCAUUUUAAAGAAAUCUUAAGUUCUGCUACUAAUCUAAAGAUAUUGUAUGCCAGUGAUCUUAAUUUUAAUGGAGAUAUUCAAAAUAUGAAGGAAUGUGAAAAAAUUAAUUUAAAUCUCACUGAACUGCGUUGUAAUUCGGAAUUGAUUAACAUACUAAAGUGUACAACGCUGAAAAUUUUAGAUUUAAGGUGGCAUUGGAACUUGCCUGAGGAUAGAAAGACAAAUGUAAUCAACUUUUUGAGCCAACAAAAGAAACUUGAAGAUCUGACUUUAAAUUGUCGAAAUUACUUUUAUGACCACUUCCAACAUUUUAACUAUGAAUUUCAAUUAAAAAGCUUUACAUUCUUUUCGAAUUGCAACUUUUCGGACCAUAAAUCUUUUAUUAGAUAUUUGGAACCACAUAAGCAUUCGUUACAAUCAUUAAACAUUCAGAUGUUUUCAUUUGAGCAAUCCAAAGUUGCAAUUGAAGAAAUUUUUAAGUUUAUUAUGAGAAAUUUGUCUAAUUUAAAAGAAUUGGAAUUAGAUACAGUUUUUAAAGGAACUAUCAGAAAAAUUGAAGUUCUUCCACUGCAAUUAAACAAUUUUUCUUCGAAUACAAUUGAAAGAUUUGGAUUUAAUGACAUAUUUUAUUCUAUGGAUGAUAAUAAGCAACUAAUUGAUUUACUUCCAAAUAUGAAGCAUCUAUCAAUAAAAUCAUGCUUCUGUAAAGUAGUAGAACUCCUCGAAUAUGUAGCUAAUACCAAACCACAGUUGGAAUCAUUACAAGUUUAUAAUUUUGACUGCGUUGAUUCGGCUAUAAAAUUUACAAAUCUUAAAGAAUUUUCCGUUCACACAUUUUCUACGAGCAUUCAAGCUUUAAGUUCCUUUCUUGCUCGCAAUUCAAAAAGCUUAGAAAGAAUAAAUAUUGGAGAUGCUGCCAAUAUAUGUCAACAGGCUGUUAAUGCAAUUAGCAAGUGUGAAAAUCUAAAAUGUCUUACAGUUAAUGUUACUAAUAACAAUUUAAGAUUAGUCAUGAAAACUUUUCUUGGAAUUUUGAACAGAGACAAGCCUUUGAAAAUAAUAUUUAAAGAUUAUCCAUCAAUAAAGACAUUUAUGCUACCGGAAGAUAAGAUCAUUUGGAAGAAACAAAUAAGAUUGAAUUAGAUAAAGGAAUUGAUGACGUGUUUAUAGGUUUAAAGAUAUUUGCUUAAGUUCUGUACUAAAUUUUAAAC